GCAUCCAAACACGAGGGUUACUCCCAAGAUGUUUUAUGUACUGGACAUGUUUUAUCUUUGGACACGACGCUUACUCCCAAGAUUUUUUUUGUCCUACUCUCCGGAGUCCGGAGACGUUUAGUUAAAGAGAAGAAAAUAGCCAACGGAUUUAGGGAUCUUACCGUUCUGCGAUUCACCGAAACAGAGAGUUAGAGACUUCAAUGGUGUCCCAAGGAAUGGUUUCUCUUACAAAGUCUCUAUGCACCAUGACUCCAAGAUUCCGUCUCAAGAACCCGAGUUUGAUGCAGAACCUUAAGACCCCCGGAUCUUGUCAUCUCCGUUUCAGAAACCUCCGUGUCUUAUGCACAACUAAACUCUCUCAGUGGGAACCAUCACCUUUCAUUCAUGCUUCUGCGGAAGAAGAAGAAGAAGCUGCUGCUGAUAUAGUAUUGGACAAAACCGCUAAUGUCUUCGAAUCUAUUGUAUCCGAGACUGCAGAGGAAGAAGAAGAAGAGAAACUAGAUUCAGCGCAACAACAGAAGAACUCUCAAGUUCAGGUACUUAAAUGGCCAAUAUGGCUUUUGGGUCCAUCUGUUCUCCUCACUAGCGGUAUGGCACCCACUUUGUGGCUUCCUCUGUCAUCCGUUUUCCUCGGUUCCAACGUGGUCAGUCUGCUUUCCUUGAUCGGUCUAGAUUGCAUUUUCAACCUCGGAGCAUCACUUUUCCUCUUGAUGGCUGAUUCUUGCGCUCGUCCUAAAGACCCAUCACAGUCCUGCACCAGCACACCACCGUUUAGCUACAAGUUCUGGAACUUGUUUUCACUCAUAACCGGGUUUCUCGUCCCAACGUUACUUCUCUUCGGAUCCCAAUCCGGCAUAUUAGCUUCUCUCCAACCCCAGCUUCCUUUCCUCUCGUCAGCUGUUCUCUUCUUCCCUUACUUCAUUCUCCUCGCGGUUCAGACAUUAACAGAGAUCCUCACAUGGCACUGGCAAUCACCGGUAUGGCUAGUCACACCAGUUGUCUACGAGGCUUACCGAAUCUUGCAACUGAUGAGAGGGUUGACACUUUGUGCUGAGGUCAACGCACCGGUUUGGGUGGUUCAUAUGCUUCGUGGGCUUGUCUCUUGGUGGGUAUUGAUCUUGGGAAUGCAACUCAUGAGAGUUGCUUGGUUUGCUGGUUUUGCAUCUAGAACAACAAGUCAGCAACCACCAUCUGUUGCUUCUAAGUAAAGACAGAUAUAUUAGAUGUUUUCUUCGUUUAGUUUUCAGAAGUCAUGUCAGACUACAUAUCUGUAACUCUUUCUACUCACUGUAUAGCUUUUAUUUAUUCGUGAGUUGGUGAUAAACUGAUAAUGAUAAAAACAUAUUCUAUAUUAUUCACUUUUUUUUUAA